AUUUGAAUUUCUGAGCUACAAUGAGAACACCGAGCAACAGAGCGACCUCUGUAGGAGCUGCUGUUGUUCGAAUCGGAACAGAUAGGUGGGACCGAAAACAGAAGGAAAUAAGUGCUGGGUGUAAGGGGAAGAGUAAUCCACAGCACUGCGGGACAGCUGAUUAAGUAACUUAAAAUCGUUUUGGAAAGCAGCGCGUUUCCUUUCCUCUUUGGUGCUCUCUCCGGAACAAGUGUCACUUGCAACAGACGGUUCUGUUGCAUCAGUUUCACAGCAGGUGACCCCCACCCUUCCGUCAAAAUCCGGCUGUUAGAUGUGACCACGAGGUUGAUCAGGAGAAGCCACCAUGUCUUAAACACAGAUGGUCCCUCUAGCGCCCUUUCCCCCCUCCCUGACCCUCCCUCCCCCAUCCACCACCUUACCCCUUCUCCUAGCCCUAUCCCUUUCCCAGACCUUCCUGCACAUGCGAGGGACAGGCUACCCAACCCUGGCUCCCCGCUGGCACACCACUCCCCUUCCUCAGGAGAGAUGAGCCUGCAGAAGCACCAGCAGCUGGGUGGUGCUAGUGGUGGGGUGAUGGGCUCUGACCGGGACCUGCAGUCCACUGCUUCCUCCAUCUCUUUGCCCUCUGUAAAGAAGGCCCCCAAGAAGAGGCGCCUCUCCCUGGCCUCUCUUUUCAGACGGCGAGGACGAGAGUCUAAAUUAGGGCGCCAACGGUCUCGAGAGUUCCAGCACCAUGGACCUGGAGUGCUUGGAGUGGUGGAGGGCAUCGCCAGCAUUGAGAACAUCCACUCUGAGAUGUGUAAUGAAAAGAACUCUGCCUUCUUCUCCGUGGCUGGGACUGGAGCUGCCUCUGCUGCUGCCUCCACAUCAUCUGCCUCAGGGCCUUCUUCCUCUACCUCCUCCUCCUCCUCCAAGGUGUGUAGUGCGAUGGGGGCAGAGCUACUGGAGUGCCCGCUGUGCCUUCUGUGCCACUCCAGGGAGAGCUUCCCUGACAUUAUGACCUGUCACCACCGCUCCUGCAUUGAUUGCCUGCGCCAGUACCUGCGCAUUGAGAUCUCAGAGUCACGUGUCAACAUCAGCUGCCCUGAGUGCUCAGAGCGCUUCAACCCACAUGACAUCUGCAUGAUCCUGGGUGACCGGGUGCUCAUGGAGAAAUAUGAGGAGUUCAUGCUGAGGAGGUGGCUGGUGGCUGACCCUGACUGCCGCUGGUGCCCUGCACCGGACUGUGGGUAUGCAGUGAUAGCCUUUGGGUGUGCCAGCUGUCCUAAGAUCACGUGUGGCAGGGAGGGCUGCGGCACAGAGUUCUGUUACCACUGUAAGCAGCUGUGGCAUCCCAACCAGACUUGUGAUACUGCACGGCAGCAGAGGGCCCAGAGCCUGCGCCUGAGGAACCUCCGCUCAUCCUCCCUCAGCUACAGUCAAGAGAGUGGGGCUGCAGCCGAUGACAUCAAACCAUGUCCACGCUGUGCUGCUUACAUCAUCAAGAUGAACGAUGGCAGCUGUAACCACAUGACCUGUGCUGUCUGCGGCUGUGAGUUCUGUUGGCUCUGCAUGAAGGAAAUCUCAGACUUGCACUAUCUUAGUCCAUCAGGCUGUACUUUCUGGGGUAAGAAGCCGUGGAGCAGGAAGAAGAAGAUUCUGUGGCAGUUGGGAACACUUGUGGGUGCCCCUGUUGGCAUCGCACUCAUCGCCGGUAUAGCUAUCCCUGCCAUGAUUAUUGGAAUCCCUGUGUAUGUUGGAAGGAAGAUCCAUAACCGCUAUGAAGGCAAAGAUGUUUCCAACCACAAGAGGAACCUGGUGAUCGCUGGUGGGGUGACUGUCUCCAUCAUUGUGUCUCCAGCUGUGGUCUAACUUGUAGCUGGUGUUUCUAUCUCUCUCUGUCACCACUCAGGUAUUGGGGUUCCCAUCAUGCUUGCAUACGUCUAUGGCGUGGUGCCUAUCUCUCUGUGUCGUAGCGGAGGUUGUGGCGUCUCAGCUGGGAAUGGCAAAGGAGUGCGCAUAGAGUUUGAUGACGAAAAUGACAUAAAUGUUGGCAGUGGGACAGCUGCCACUGAUACUACAUCAGUGGCAGACAACAGGAACAACCCCAGUAUAGGUGAAGGCAGUGGGGGGUUGACGGCCAGCGGGAGUGCCAGUGGCAGCCACAUGGACCGUCUGGGGGCCAUCAGGGACAAUUUAAGUGAGACGGCCUCCACCAUGGCCUUGGCUGGGGCCAGCAUCACCGGCAGCCUGUCUGGUAGUGCCAUGGUCAAUUACCUCAACAGGCUGGAGGUGCAGGCUGAUGUGCAGAAAGAGCGGUGCAGUCUCAGUGGUGAAUCUGGCACUGUCAGUCUGGGUACAAUCAGUGACAAUGCUAGCACCAAAGCAAUGGCUGGAUCCAUUCUUAACUCAUACAUGCCCCUUGACAGAGAAGGGAACAGUAUGGAGGUCCAGGUCGACAUUGAAUCCAAACCUGGCAAACUAUGGCACCACAGCGGCAGCAGCAGUGUAGAUGACAGCAGUCAUGUUGGCCGCUGUGGCUGGACCUUUUUUUUUUCUAAUGGCUGCACCCCCUCAGAAGGUAAGGGAACCUCCACCAAGUGGGCUAAAGAGGCAUCUUGCUGCUCCUUGUCCAGCUCUGGGGGCAAAAAGAGCAAAGGCAAGCUGCGCAAGAAAGGCCACGGGGGCACCAAGAUCAAUGAGACACGGGAGGAUAUGGAUGCUCAACUGCUGGAGCAGCGCAGCACCAACUCUUCAGAGUUCGACUCUCCUUCUCUGAGUGGCAGCCUGCCCUCGGUGGCUGACUCCCACUCCAGCCACUUCUCUGAGUUCAGCUGCUCUGAUCUGGAAAGCAUGAAGACGUCCUGUAGCCAUGGCUCCAGCGGAGGUGAUUACCACACACGCUUCGCCACAGUCAGCCCCUUACCUGAAGUGGAGAAUGAUCGCCUGGAGACCUGCCCGGCUGCUUCAUCUUCCUCUUCCCAGGGACAAGGAGCUGUGAUCACACCCCACUCCCCAACCUCCACCACCUCCUCCCUGAGCCACUGUGCAGAGCUCUCCCCUCACUGCUACGUCACAGAAGAGAAUGUCAACUUAGCGUAUCCCACUGAGCCAGAUUCUCACAGCAACACUGGUGAGCCGCUGAAAGAAGCCAACAACAACCAACCACAGCAGCAGAACUCCUGUGUACAGACUGACAUCUAAAAUCUCAAUACCUUAAAUGCUGCACAGACACCAUUUUUGAUUUUAAUUUAACAUCCUUUCCUCCAGUAAACUAACAAGCAUAGCUUACAGUUUAACCUGCAUUUUUGUUCCUUCCGUGUAAAGGGGAUAUUCUUUUGGAAUUUAUAUCCUUCAUAAAAAGCGACUUUUGAGUAAAAACCUAACUCUGUGUCCACUGUCACGAAGCUUGUUGGAAGUAGUCAGGGUUCCCAGCUGUGAGAGAAGUGUUGUGAAUGCUGGGCUUUGUCUGUGCGACCAGCACACCGCUGACACCUUUUUUUGACAGUUCACUUACUCGCCAGUUAAAACAGAAAGUAGCCCACUGAUUUGGGUGCUGUCAUAUUGAUCUGUGGAAACUGAAAUAAAACCACUGUGCCAGUUUUGUAAGUAUUUGAUUUUGGCUCUACAAUGCGGAUGCAAACCCACGCAGGAACCUUACUGUUGCAGCUUUCCAGAGGUUAACUCAGACAGGGACCAGGCAAUAUGAUUCACUAUUUCCUCUGUUUAUUUUUCCCGAAAUAGAUUAGUCACUGAGGAACCUUUUGUGUUCUUGUCUGUAUUUAUUUUUAGACAUUUUUUCCUGGAUGUUUGUUUGAAAUGAAACCUCUAAUGUAUAAUUCUAAAGCCUGGGCUCAACAUCCUGAUUCAUUCUAGCACUGAAAUCAACUUGUAACAAAGCCAAGUUUCUCUGUAGGUGGGUGUGUACACAGCUGUAGUCCCAGUGUGGCGGGUGGUCCUUGGUAACCACUGAGUUUAGACCUGUAGCCUACAACUGUGUGCACUUGUAGUGCCAAGAUGACUCUGGGAGCCCAGGCUUUGUUUGGUUCUUUGGAAAGCUUGUGAUGAUAAUUUGAGGUGGAUGAGAUUUGAGAAAAGGUCUCUGGAAGGGCCCAAUUAAGAUAAUGCUGAAAGUCAAUGUUAAACAAUGGGUUGGUCAGUUCUGUGAAACUGUAUAAAGAAAAUGUCCUGCACAGAGAUGAUUUGAGUAAGAGGGAGCUUUGAUAUCUUUGUUAACUCAUGGUGCCUUCUAUAAGCUGUUUGUGUUGUUUGUCUCUCUCUCUCUCUCCGCUGUGUCUUCAAGGCUCCAAACUGCAACUCAUUAUAGGUUACAGAAUGUGUCUGUGUCGAAGGGAUGCUCAUCCAUAUCUUCAACCUACUGUGGUGGACUUGGUAAAUGAAGAAUUUUCACUUGCCUACCAAAGAUAGCACUCAGGCUCUUGUUAGAUCCUAGACCUUUGACUUGUCACCUGUAGACACAGUAUGGAGCAUCCUUUUUACACCGUGGGGGUGAAUGAACACAACACACAUACAGACUUUCAUACAUGAUUCACAAAUGCUACGCAAAUAACUGAGGCCACACAAUAGCCCAAGGCACCUGCACUGUUAUCUGUAUUUGUUAUUACAUUGUUCUGCAAUGCACAAGGUUAUUAGGGAUACAUGGGUUUGUUAUGGGUUACCCUCUAUUGAUUUAUCCGGUGACUCCUGUUUGCCUUGCCAUUAGGUGCUGUUGCACACUUCCUGUCAGUGUUUGCUGAGGCCUGUCUUUACUGCUCAGUGGUCUGCUGUAGUGAGGCUGCUGAGUUGGCUCAGGUGAACCUCUACCAUGUAAGCAAAAACAUCUUGAAAGGUAUUUUAACCUGGGUCCGUUACUGAAUACACAUUCGGUUUGGUUCGGUGGAUGAGGCUACAUGCUGCAAUCUUCCCCACAUUAAAGCAGAAUAUUUUGUUCUUCCACCACAGUUCUGUUUCUCAUUCCUCAACAAAACCCAACCUUUUUGAUCCUAAUUUGAACACUAGUGCCAGAUGUGCUUUGUAAUUUGUGCAGAAUGACAUAAGGUAUUUGUAUAUUUGUUUGGUAAUUUGCUUUACUAUAUGCGUGUAAAUGCAUAUCAGAAAAAUAAAAAAAAAGUUAUAUGUU